UAAUAAUAAAUUCCAAUGUAACCUUAAUAAUAACCUCUUUCUUAUCGAAUUAAUACUGAUUAAUCAAAAUCUCCUCGAAGAGAAAGCAGCAGCUUAUCAAGAAGUUAAAGUGGAGCAAAUAAUUAUUAAUAAUAUACAGAAACAUAUUAUUUAACAGGAUGGGGAAAUUCCAAAAGUGGUUAACUAAGUGCUUCUAAACUGACAACAAACGCCAUCCAAUCAUUUGGAAAUGGAAUUAUAAAUAUAAGUGGUGGAGAAAAUCAUACAAUGAUAAUAGAUUAAAAAUAAGAAUUAUAUGCAUGUGGAAACAAUUUAUAUGGUUAAUUGGGUAUAGAGGGUGCUAAUAUAAUAAUGAAACCAACAAUAAUACCUGUAAAAAAUAAAUAAAAAUUAUAAAAAGAUAUAUAUAUAUAUAUAAAGCAUCUUAAAGAUAUAAAAAUAUCAAUGGUAAGUUGUGGUUCAGAUCAUACAUUUGCACUAACUAAUAAAGGCGAAGUAUAUUGCUGGGGUUUAAAUUUAAAAGGAUAAUUAGGUAUAGGAAAUUUCGAAAGUUAACACUAACCUGUUUUAGUGUAUUCUUUAUUACCUUUUGGUUAAAAUAAUUAAAAAGUUAAAAAGAAACAAGAGGAGAAAAACGCUGAUUUAACAAAUCAUAAAAGACUUAAAAGUUCUAAUGACUUGCCUUUAAAUUCUGAGGAGAAUUGCUUAAAAGAAAGGUCAAAUUCUAUCGAAAACAUGAUGGAAUAAUUGAAUACUAUAAAAUAAAUUUCUAAUAAAACUCUAAAAAAUUCCAAUAAUUAUAACAUUUUCGGAGGAAGUGAUGUUUUGACUGAAAUUGUACUUGGAAAUGAUGAAGUUGUGACUAAUAUGUCGUGUGGAACACUCCAUACAAUUGUUUUAACCAAUAAAAAUAGAAUGUUCUCUACUGGUUAUGGUGAAACUUAUGCUUUAGGACAUGGUGAUAAAUAGACUUUGUGUUAGUUUAAAUAUAUUAAUACUAUGUAGAAGUUUUAGCCUUCUUAUGGAAAAAAUUCGACUGAUUUAUCACCUAAAAUUGAAAAAAUAGAUAAGAUUUCAUGCGGGUUAACACAUUCGUGUUGUAUUAUGGGAGGAAAAGCCUUUAUGUGGGGAAUUUUGGGAUAGAAAGAGUCUCUUAUUUUCUAAACUCCGACCGAAGUUGAAUUUUAAUAAGGAAAUAAUAACUCUUUUAAUAUUAUAGAUGCUAAAGCAGGAGAUUGUUUUACUUUGUUUUUAAAUAAUAAAGGAGAAGCAUAUACUAUUGGGGAAAAUAUAGAUGGAUAAUUAUGUACAGAAAUAAUUAAAAAUAAUAAUUUUAAUAAUUAUUAUGAAUAUCCAAUUAAAGUUUAAAAUAUACCAAUAAUAAAUUAAAUUGCCGUAGGAAAGAAUCAUUGUCUUGUUGUUUCUGCUGAUUUUAAAAAUAUAUAUGGAUGGGGAGCUAAUUGCUAUGGUUAAGUAACUGGUAGAUUAACAAAAAAUACAUAAAUUAUAUCUGCAGUUAAAGUGUAAUAAUUAAGUUCUGAAAUAAAGGAUAUUAAAAUAAUAUGCGGAGCAUACCAUACUAUGAUGCUGUGUAAUAAAGGACUUUCUGGAAAGGAGUUUAUAUAGAAAGAAGAUGAAAUUUAAAAUAGUUAAAGUGGAAAUAUUAAUAAUAAUAAUAAUGAAGAAUUGGAUAAAAUAAAGAAAUAGAAUUAAGUUGAAAAUGAAAAAUAAUAAAAAAAAAUCGAAGAAUCUCAAAAAGAAGUGGAAGCCUUGACUAAAAUGAAUAUAAAUUUAAUAAAAAGUCAGGAAAAAUUACAAAAGGAGUUUAAAAUUAAAGAAAUCGAUUAUUAAAAAUAACUUAAAGAAAUGUAAAAAUUAAUAAAAUCUCAAGAAUAAACCUUAAACGGAGGUCAAAACUAAGAAAAUGUACCUAAAUUCGAAAUUAAAGGUUUGGAAAAAUAUUCUGGUAAAAACUUGAAUUUUAGAACUUUUAAUAGUAAUUUAGAAAUAGAAUUUUCUGAAUUAUAAAUCGAAAAAUAAAUAUCAGAAGGGGGCUAUGGGAUUAUUUAUAGAGCCAAAUGGAGAGAAACUACUGUCGCAGUUAAAAAAUUCAAAAUAGAUUCAAUUACGGAAAGUAAUAUUAGAGAUUUCCUUUCAGAAUGUCAUGCAAUGGAAGCUUUGAGGCAUCCAAAUAUAGUCAUGUUUUUAGGCGCCUGUACUAAACCUCCUAAUUUUUGUAUUAUUUUGGAAUUCUGUCAUAGAGGAAGUCUUUGGAGUUUACUUUAGAAUCAUGAAAUAGCGUUAUCCUGGGAAGAAAGAAGGAAAAUUGCAAUAGACGCAGCAAAAGGGGUACAUUAUUUACACUCUUGUAAUCCACCAGUACUUCAUAGAGAUUUGAAAAGCUUGAAUUUAUUAUUAGAUGAUAAUUUGACUUGUAAAUUAGCUGAUUUUGGAUGGACAAAAGCUAUGGAUAAUUAUAUGUCAAAUAGAAUAGGUACAUAUUAAUGGAUGGCUCCAGAAGUAAUUUCUUCAAAUAGUUAUACCGAAAAAGCUGAUGUUUUUAGUUAUGGGAUUAUUUUAUGGGAAAUAUCAUCUAGAGAACCUCCUUAUAGAAAUAAAUCUGGAUAAACUGUUUCUGUUGAAGUACUUUAAAAUGAUUUAAGACCAAGUAUUCCUAAAAAAACACCAGAAGGUUUUUGUAAUUUAAUGAAAAGAUGUUGGGAUAGAGAUCCUUAAAAAAGACCUUCUUUUAAAGAAAUUAUUAGAAUUUUAGAAACAAUUUCAUUAAAAUGAUGAUUAAUUAUAUUUUUUUUUACAUAUAUUUUAUUAU